GCGAGCCGGCGAGAAAGCGACGGAGAAUCGGCCCGCUUGGCAUCGGAUCGGAAUCCGAAUCGGAACCUUUGAACAGCUGCCGCCGGUUCUUCGGAGGAGGGGAAGCCGAAGAAAGGAGGGCGGCUGGGAAGGAGAGCCCCGCGGCGUGGCGGCCCGUCGCUUUCCCUCCCCCAGCCCGGCGUGCCUUUUCCUCUCUGGCAGGGAGGAGGCGGCGCGGCGCCCAGCUGCUGCCUUUCCCCGCGAUCCUACCUUUGUUUUCCGCCUUGCCCUGAAUUACCGCGCCCGCCCCUCCUCGCUCGUCUCCCCGGGGCCGGCGGGGGACAGGUAAAGGGCAGCCGCCGCGGCCGCUGCUCCCGGGGAGCGCCCGUCCUCCUCGGCCUCCGCCCGCGCGCUCCGGCGCCGGUGUACUUUGCUCGGCCGCCGCCGCCGCUCCUCCUCCUCUUGAGGAAGUUUCCUCCCCCUCUCCUUCUCCCCCUCCUUCCCCAUUUUUCGCCGCCCGCCUCGGCCGCCCAACUCCUCCCGGGAGGGGCAAGGGCUCCCGCCUCCCCCUCCCUCCGUCCCUCCCUCCCCGCGGGGCUUCCGCAGCGAGACGGGGCUGGGCAGAGACCCCCCGCGGCCCCCGCGCGAGGCCGAAUGCCGGUGGCCGCCAACUCGCACCCCCGCGCGGCGCAGCUCCAGCUCCAGCAGCAGCCGCCCGACUGCCGCCCCUUGGCCGCCUCCGCCCGCCUGCGGGACCCUUCCAAGCCGGGGGCCGGCGGGGCCGAGGAGCGCCCGGAGCCCCAGCGCCACGGCCAGGCCGGCGGAGAGGCGGCCGUGGCGGGCGGCGGCGCAGGAGGCAGAGCGGCGGCGGCUCCUUCCGGCGCCCCUGCCUCGCCGCCCGCGCCCCGCCUGGCGUUCUCCUCGCCGCCCCCGCGGCCGCCCUCGCCGCCCCUCCAGCCCCCGCGGACCCGCUCCCGCUCCCGCUCCGGCUUCUUCAGCCUCCUGGCCAUGAACGCCGGCGGCGCCCCCGCGGCCCCCGCCGCGCACUUCCAGCCGCCGCCGCCGCCCGCCCCGCCGCAUCUCCACGGGCCGAGUCUGGCCGAGCUGGGCGCCCGCAGCCAGGGCAGAGGCAGCCCCGCCGGGCACGGGCACCCGCGAGCCCCACCGGGAGCCAGGGCGCCCGCGCCAGGUGGUGUUAGUGCUUCCUUCCCAUGCCAGCUGAUCCAUCAAGACCACAUCUGUACUGAUGACAGUGACAAGAGUGAAGACAGCCCAAGUCCCAAGAGACAGCGCCUUUCUCAUUCAGUCUUUGAUUACGCAGCAGCCUCACCAGCCCCAUCGCCCCCAAUGCGACCAUGGGAGAUGACAUCAAACAGGCAGCCUCCUUCAGCUCGAUCGAGCCAACAUCACUUCUCAGGGGAACGAUGCAACACACCUGCGCGCAACAGGAGAAGCCCUCCUGUUAGACGCCAGAGAGCAAGAAAUCGAUUGCCUCGACAUAAUUCCAUCAGUCAAGAUGAAAACUACCAUCUCCCCUAUGGACAGCAACAAGCAAUAGAAGAACCGCGAGCCUUCCACCCACCGAAUGUAUCACCACGUAUGUUGCACCCAGCCGCUCAUCCACCACAGCAGAAUGCAGUGAUGGUUGACAUUCAUGAGCAGAUCCACCAGGGGACAGUCCCAGUGUCAUACACAGUGACCACAGUGGCACCACAUGGUAUUCCACUUUGCACAGGCCAGCACAUACCAGCUUGCAACACACAGCAAGUCCCAGGGUGUUCUGUGGUUUUUAGUGGACAACAUCUCCCUGUGUGCAGUGUGCCUCCCCCAAUGCUUCAGGCCUGUUCUGUUCAACACCUACCAGUUCCAUAUGCGGCUUUCCCACCCCUUAUUUCUAGCGAUCCGUUCCUUUUGCAUCCUCCACAUCUCUCCCCGCAUCAUGCUCCGCACCUGCCACCUCCCGGUCAAUUUGUUCCCUUCCAAACACAACAAUCGCGGUCGCCUCUUCAAAGGAUAGAAAAUGAAGUGGAGUUGCUUGGAGACCAUUUACCUGUAGGGGGUUUCACCUAUCCACCUUCAGCUCAUCCACCAACAUUGCCUCCGUCAGCCCCUCUGCAGUUCUUAACGCAUGAUCCUCUACACCAAGAGGUGUCCUUUGGAGUACCUUACCCACCCUUUAUGCCUCGAAGACUUACAGGACGCAACCGAUAUCGAUCCCAGCAGCCCAUACCACCACCUCCUUACCACCCCAGCCUAUUGCCAUAUGUUCUCUCAAUGCUCCCAGUGCCACCUGCAGUUGGACCCGCCUUCAGUUUCGAGUUGGAUGUAGAAGAUGGGGAGGUGGAAAACUAUGAGGCACUGCUUAACUUGGCAGAAAGACUGGGAGAGGCCAAACCAAGAGGACUGACAAAAGCAGACAUUGAGCAACUUCCAUCUUACAGGUUCAACCCAAACAACCACCAGUCAGAACAGACUCUGUGUGUAGUGUGCAUGUGUGAUUUUGAGUCCAGGCAGCUACUUAGAGUUUUGCCGUGUAACCACGAAUUCCAUGCCAAGUGUGUCGAUAAAUGGCUUAAGGCGAAUCGUACCUGCCCUAUUUGCAGAGCUGAUGCUUCGGAAGUACAUCGUGAUUCAGAAUGACCAGUCUAAGAGCACAAUUCUACUUUGGGUGUUCCUAGUCACGUGUGUGUGUGUAUAUAUAUAUAUGUAUAUAUAUAUAUGAACUCGCCAUUGAACUUAACCCGUGGCUUCCAGCCUUCCCUUUUACACAAAAGGGUCAAUGGACCUUUCUUUGCACUGUGUGAUUUAAUCAACUAUAAAGCUUAUAAUUAGUCUUCACAAUUAUGGGAUUGUUAUACUAACUGUGUGAUUGGAACUCCAAAGAUAUUUUUUUUCCUUUUAGCUUAAUUUCGUGUGUGCACUAACAUUCCCUGGUUUUCGUGUGAUCAUUCCGAGUGUUGCUGCGAGAUUACCGUGGAACGUGAUCUUCUAGCAUGUGCUUUUAUAAAAAAGGAAAAAAGAGAAAAAAUGUGGUAGCUCCAAACAAUAUAGCAAUCUACCUUAUAUAGAGCCUUCAGAUACUGUGAGUGGGAGUAAACAGAGUGAGUGUGUGCGUUGAUCGCAGGGUGUCUGUGUGUAUGCGAGCGCGCAAGUGCUUGAGCAGAAGUGUGCAAGAGAGAACUUAUAUACCAGCAUGUACUGAGGAUGUAUGUGUGUGUAGUAUUAAUUAUGCUGCAAUGUAUAAUCUUGUGUGUUAUUUAAACAGUACUAGUACUGUACACUGGUUUCUUUCCUUGCAUUUUGCAGUUGCGCACUGAAUGCUAAGGGUGCAGCAAUUAUAGACAUUUAAUAUUUCAUCUCUCUUCCUCACCGCCAUGUACUUAAUAGUAUAAAAAGGCCUCUGCUUUUAUUUUAAGACAGUAGUUAUGCUUCCCAUUGAUUGGAGAUCUUGCAUCAUUGUAGAGUCUAUUGAUCCCUCAGUUCUUACUAUAAACACUUAGCCUUGUUUCUAGGCUGCUGGAAUUUCCAACUUUCAACAUUUUGCAGGCUCACUGCUAACUUUAUAAGGGUUGCAGCAUUGCACAAUCAAGAAGCAAUAUUUCUUAUCAGUUAAUUAUUGAAAAGAUGCUAGUUUUCCUUUUUAAAAAAUCCUUCCAGCCAGUAUUGGUUCUUUUCAGUUGAUGCUUGAAACUGGAUUUUUAUUUGAGAUACUGAAUCCGUGAAAACAGAGGAUCUUGAAACAUCUUGUGCAAAUGCUCCUUGUAUUGUUAGCCAUAUACCUGCUAAAUACAUAAUUUAGCUUACAAACACUGGCACUAAAGUCACAUUCCUUGUCAUACACAAACAAUCUUAUGUACAGUUAAAAGUAAUUUAAAGGCUGUUAAUCUUAAGAGCAUACAACCUUGUGAACAAAACCAAAUUCUUAGCACUUUGUUAGAGGUAAGAUAUGUUGGUCAUCUCCCCCCCCCUCCCUGUCCCAGUGGUAACCAUGUUAAUACUGCCUGGUGAAAAUGUCACAGGAUACAAUUUUUUUGUCUUGUCCGGCUCGGUAGAGGGAAUUUAUGUGAUUUUUUUUUCCUUUGGACAUCCUCUGUGUCAUAUGGCUAGAAUGAAGAAUAUCCAAUGUUCGGGAAUGGGCUGGUAUACAAAAUCAAGGAAAAAAUAAUAAAUAAAAGCUGUGAACCUGGAGUUGACCUCCUUUCAACUGCCUUCUGAAUAAUGUUGUAUUGGGGGGGGGGAAUUGGCAUCAUUUAACAUUUCAGACUGUUAGUGCUUUUUAAUGGCUUUUUAAAUACAUAAAUGUCUACAUAUGGAUAGUGCAGUUAUCCCAGAAAUGCACAUUUAAUCUGGAUCAUUUUGCUUCUCUCUUGUGUUUAUGCAUCACAACUUUUGGUUGCAACAGCACAAGCACUGCAGCCAGCAAUCUUGCCGUGCUGCUAAUUCUAUGUCUUUUCUGAUGCUUUUGUAUGCUGCUAUUUGUUAAGUCUGUUUAUUCUUCCAGAAUAUUGUUGGUGGUUCUCUGUGUUGAACUGCCCUUCUUUCAGAAGGCUCUGCUGAUCUGUUGCAGCUUGUGAUUCUGCAAAAUUUUUAAAAAGCACAAUUUUUUUUCCUUCCCUUGUUUCAGCUACUAUUUGCCUCUGUUUAGUAGGUGGGACACCUCACACCUAUCCAUAGUGCUACAUACUCAAGAACGCUAACCAAGCAAAUGAAUCCAUUUUAACAUACUGUGUAUGACAGAUUUACAAAUAUUACUGUUUUCCCUUCAGUGUGUUCCAAGGAAUUGUCUCGACAUGUCAAAAGCAGGUUAAAUUGAACAUAGUAAACUUUAUUUUUUUAAGUAAACAAAAUCAUGGGUUUGGGAUGUGGGGGGAAAGGGUAAUGCCACACGUUUUACAAUACUUUGGGUCUUUUUAUAUUGCUUGAGGGAGGGGGAAAGAUUUUUACCUGUACGACUCUUAAUUCUAACACUACCCACUCAGUGUCCACUUUGUCAAAGCAUGGAAAUAAUGCACUUUCUCUUAACAAAUUGACAAGGCACAUAAUACCCUGUUUUGAGAAGAAGGUUCUUAGCCCUGAAUUGGGAUCCAUUUUGCAGUGUAGCAUCAACCCCCCCCCCUUACAUUCCCAGUGUGAAUUGAGUGAGGAGACGGUGGUGAUGUAGAGCAGCAGUAGGGGUCGAUUGGGUAAUAUACGGAAUGGAAUCCUUGUACUCCUGUGGCCAAUUUCUUCUUUGACCGACUUUUGUUAGCCUGGGACUCUUGCCAAUGUGUGCAGAACUUUCUGUGGUUUAAGUGUUAAAAGAUGCACGCACAUGCAUGUGUUGUGCACCAACUCAGGCUGGCUGUGAUGGAAUCCUGAAACGGUUGCUGCUGGCUGAAGAGGGGAGGAAAGGGGGUAGUCCUGCUGAGCUGUUAACUGCCAUGUGUUAUAUGCACAUUUGUGUCUAAUUCCACAGCUCUCAAUGGUGCCUGACAGCACCAGAUUGCAUUGGGUUGCCUAUCCGCCCCCCCUGCUCCCUGCCUCCCCUACUAAAGAAACGUAAAAGAAGUUGGUGUUAUGUUGGCACUGCUGAGGGUUUUUUUUUCUUUUUCUUUUUUUGGCAUGAGCUGUCAACUUAAUUUGACUUUUUCCCUGGCUUUUUGAAAAGGGGUAUAAAGGCCUUGUGGAUAUUUCUAAGGUCUCAAAUUGUGGCUUUCUUUACAGAUUAUUUUGUGCAAAGUAAUUUUCUUUUGUACAGGGUUUUUUUGUACAGUCUCCAGAAUGUGAUUUUUGUCGCAGCUGUUAACCUUUACACCUCUUGUAAUAUUUGGGAUUUACCAACUUUCUAUUUGCUUUCUGAUCACGUUACCGACUCUCUGUUAGGCCUUGCAAAGGGAGCCAUGGUUCUCUCUCCUCUCCUCUGCUCUCCCCCCACCCUAGUACCUUCAGUUACCUCAUUUUGCUAUUUUGUUUUGCAAAUUUGUUAAUGAUUAUGAAAGUUUAUGGGUUUUAUUAGAAUCAUAUUUGUCAAGUGUUUUCUUUAAAAUCAUACUCCAUUGUAUCAUUUAACAUGUAGUUUUAAAUGUAUUAUAAAUAUCUGUAACCAAAUCAUUUGAAGGCUUGAUAAAUUUUUAACAAAAUUUGUACAUUUUUUAUGAGAGUUACUAGUAAUGCUUUACUAAGUAGUGCAAUGAAUUUUUAUUUUUAAUCCCUGUGCCCAAUUUUGGAGUUGAGAGGGUUGUUCAGUAAUAAAUGUAUGAUG